CAUGUCCAACUCCGUUUGCUGUCCUUGCUCGCCGUGACCUGGCUCUUCUUUCGCGCCGCCUUAAGACUCAUUGAUCGCUCGAUGAUGUAUACUCAAGGGGGCCAGCUCUGAUCAAAGCGGACAAAACAUCGACGAAAGAAUGUAGAGAGCAACGUAUAUUAUUGUGCAUCUACUGACGCGACGGAGAAGUACAGAACAAGCGGGGAAGCCAGUACUGGACGAUGGACUGGCGGCGCGAGCAUGCGGCGUGCUGCAGACAGAUGUCAGUAAGGUGUAUGAGGCGCUGGGCGUGGGGCCCGCCGAUGAGCGGAGAGGCCACGGCGAGAGGCGGCGUCGGCCAAGAGGGAUGCGAGAUCGAUGCUGAUGGGGGGAGGGCGAGGAAGAUGUCAACGAGCGUCGGAAGACGAAGGGCGAGGACACGUACCAGCGUAAGCAAACAUUGCAAGAAGACACAGGAUUCCACCACCUUCGCCCCCAGGCGGCCGACCACCCAUCCAUCUAACCAACCAACUAACCGAAACCUUUCAGAAAAGACCGCCACAAACGCGACCAGGACUGCCCGCGGCGAGUCACAGGGCCACUAAUCCCACACGCCGCCCAGGCUUGCGGGCUAAGCGCGCGCCGGUCUGCCAGCAGCAGGAGGCCCCAGCACAUCCGACAACAGUAUCAGGCCGCCGGCUCGUGGCGAGCGACGGCCAUCCACGGGGACCUUGUCGACGAGAGAAUUCCACGAGGGAAGAGGAAGAGGGACGCUGGCCUAUAUACGGGCGAGAUGUGGCUGUACGAUGUUUGCUCCUGCUUGCUUGUUUGUUGAACGGCCGGGCGCGUGUAUUGGCCCGGACGGAAGCAAACGAUGUUCGCGCC